AUGAGCGAUCUACAGCGAGCAUGGGCUAAACAAAAGCUUGGUCUCAUGCCGGAACCGUUUAUGGAGCUGGAUGAGGAGGAGGAAGAAGAAGGCCAGGCUGGGGACCAAGUGCCCGAGCUGCCGGAACACAUGGAUGACGACUCCUCAUCAGCUUCGUCGGUAUCAUCAACCGGUACUAUCAUUCCUACACCAAGCCAAAAAUUAUUUGCUCGUCCGCAAGGGGUCGCUCGGGGCAGAACACUCGAGCCAAUACCAUGGACGACGUACUUUGAGCGGGAGCUGUACAUGCAGACCAGUGAAGGUCAAAACUUGACCUUCCACGCCUAUCUCACGUCACCAGUUGAAAAAGGCCCUUUGUUCGUCUUGCAUCAUGGAGCCGGCUCGUCGGCACUUUCGUUCGCGGUGGUAAGUUCCGAAAUUCGGAAGCGUCUUCCCUCAGCGGGCAUACUUGCCAUUGAUUGCCGGGGACAUGGAUCUACAAUCUCACCAGACGGCUCAGAGCUGGAUCUUCACCUUGCAACUCUAUCUGCGGACUUAUUUUUCAUGGUUCAAUCGACCAAGGAGCAAAUGGGAUGGGAGCAAUUGCCACCAGUGAUGCUGGUCGGACACUCGUUGGGAGGUGCAGUUGUGACGGAUUUGGCCUUUACCGGCAAGUUGGGAACCUCCCUACUCGGCUAUGCUGUGCUUGAUGUUGUGGAAGGGUCAGCCAUGGACGCCUUGCAGAGUAUGCAAACAUAUCUCUCAACGCGGCCCGUUGGUUUUGCAAGCGUUGAGACGGCCAUUGACUGGCACAUACGUUCACGCACUGUGCGAAACUCGGUAUCAGCCAGAACAUCGGUGCCUGCACUUUUAAGGCAGGAUGAAUCUGUGGAUUCCUCAAGGCCGUGGAGAUGGAGAACCAACCUGGCGGCUACCCAACCGUUCUGGGAAGACUGGUUCGUAGGACUGAGCAAAAAGUUCCUGGGUGCAAAGGGAGGAAAGCUGCUGUUGUUAGCGGGGACCGACCGCUUGGAUACAGAGUUGACAAUCGGUCAGAUGCAAGGUAAAUACGCGCUGCAAGUGUUUCCAGAAGCCGGCCACUUCAUUCACGAGGAUAUUCCUGAGCAAACUGCUAUUUCGUUGGCAGACUUUUACAGACGGAAUGACAGGAGUGCGCUUGUGCUACCGCCCAAAGUAUCGGAUCUACUGAAACAGGGUAAAAAGGUAUAA